UUUGUGGCGAUUGGUUUCUUUGCAACUUUGUAGCUCCUUCUUCUUCCUUCCCUUCUUUGGAGUUUUUUUUCUUUCUUUUCUUCACGCCCGUUUGGUUUUCAUUGGUGUUUUUCGACUUGGUAGUUUUAUAGUUUUCAUUGGGAAGUCAGCAUGUCUUCUGCUGCAGAACCCUUUAGCCGGGCGGCCAAGAAGAACUUGAAGCGACGUGCCAAAAAGAGGCAAGCUGAGGGCGGAGAGGAGGCUCCAGAUGCUCUCAAAGCCAAUGGGGUGCCUACUGCUACCACGGCUGCGAAUGGCUCCUCUGCUCAGCUCGUGAAUGGCCAGAAUGCUGCGGAUGCACCUAAGCAGGGAAACGCUGCGUCUACCAGCAAUGUCGACACUAUGCGUACUAGACUCAAGCACCUCCAGCGUAAAGUGAAGGAGAUCUACAAACUGGAGGAGGCCAAGGCCAAAGGCACUCGCCUAGAUGCAACACAGAUGAUGAAGUUGAAGAGUAAAAACACUAUGCUGAAUGAGAUCUACGACAUUGAAGUCGAGCUCAACAAGAUUGCGGCGCGGGAUGCACAGGCAAAGAACGUCACAUCCACCGCAGCCGCCGGCUCAGACCACACUACCACUGCGACCGCUACUUCAGCAGAGAGCAGCGUGUCUGUGAACGGUCACGCCACAGUCGAGCCAGUGGUUACAAGCCACACCAACAGUAACCACCAGCACUUCCACCAGCAGCAGCCGCACAACAACAACAACGGCCUUGUCCUUGGCGCCGCCAGCACUGCACCGUCGGCAGUCGUCUCUACCACCGCCAGCACCAUGUCGCAUGUCAUCCCAUCGCCCCAGGUGGCUCUCAACGCCGCUGCCGGCUUUCCCAUGCUACCACCGCAGCCCGUUGGCAACCCGCUACUCCCGCUGCCUGCCAACAUGCCCUACUUCUUGCCGAAUAUGAUGAUGCCGCCCCCGCCCGCACCCAACAUGAUGGGCUACUUCCCCCCGGUCCGGCCCUUCCCGCCCGUCCCCAUGGGGGCGCCCAUGCCCGUGCCGGACUCCGCCGCCAUGCCGACGCAGGCGAUGGGCACCGGGGACAUGCGCCCGGUCAGCUCUCAGCCGUCUGUGCCCGCCGCCAUGGUACCGGCACAGCAGGCCAACGCUGCAGCGGCGGCGGCAGCAGCAGUGUCACAGCAAGCGUUUGCCGCACCACCGGCAAUGGGCAUGUAUCAGCAAGUGCCCCCACCAGCAGCACCGGCAAGACGCUCAGCCACCAAAAUCGUGAUACGCGACCCCAACACGGGAAACGACAUUACGGAGCAGAUCCUUGGCAAGCGGACCAUGCCGCUGUCUCCGGACAACUCUGACGUAGGCUGUCCGCUGAACGGCGGCUACCCACCAUUGGUCUGCAGUAGCAGUGAUGCGUCCAACGGCAGCACGGGGGUAGGCGCGCAGAGCAAUGCAACAUCCCCAGCCACGGCCACUGCUGCCGGUGCUGGUCUCGCUGGUUCGUCGGGUAACCUUGCCGAGCAGGUUGCACUGCUGGGCAUCAGUGGAGCCUCGACGCCGUCCUCUCCGUCAUCCCCGCAGAACGUUGCACCGCUGGGCGCCUGGAGCACAGGUCCCGGUCCAGCGGCGUAUGCAUCCGCCGAGCCACCCACCCACGUCAGCAGUGGACCAGUCGUGGCCUGAGUCGUCGAGUCGGUGUGUUUGUGCUGUCAUAUUUUGAGGAUAUCCACGCUGUUCACCUGGUGCGUAUGCGCCCCACCUGCUGCUGUCCUUCACUAUCACCGCAUGCUAGAUACCAUCUGGUCAUUCUGCAACCUUGCGCUCGCUCGUCAAAUUUGUGCAGUUUAUGAGCUCCGAACUGGCAAUAGGCCUGAUGCCAGCUGCAAAGAGUUACAACUGGCGUUUCCAACGGUAUUGCUUGGAUCCAGGCCGAUGCCGUCCCAUGCCGCAGCUCUCUACAGGAUAGACAUGUUGUCCAGGUGCGUUGUUGGUGUGGCAAGACCGACUUGGCGACACUCUCGUGUCUUGUCUUGCCUCGUCUGCUUGGAACUUGUAAUUACUGGCAUGCCCCUGUGCUUGAGUGCGUUGAUGAUGAUGCUGAUGCGUUGCCGUGUGGCAUUGGCUAGUAGGCUGGCUACUCGGCGGCGCCGUUUGAUGGUGGAUUACGACUCGCUGCAUGUGUGUGUGCGGCUGUCGAGUGCUGCUCCAGUGUGGUUGCUACUCGGUGGGGCAUUCUGAACCCUCGUCGCCGUGAUCUGCCAGUGCGUGUGGGAGCUGUACAGUAGCCCCGGCUUCUUGAGUAGUGUGCACUGGUCGACCUGAUGUCGCGCAGCACCGGCACCAAUGCCCGCAACAAACUUUCAUUCUAUUUAUUAUUGCCCCCCCCCCCCCCCCCCCCUGAAGAUUGAACGGCAAGUGUCAGACAUUUGGCAGCCCGUGAAUCACAAUGUUGAUCCUGAAACUUCGUUCCUGUUGUCCCGGCUUGCUGGGCAUUUAGUCUUGCGCUCCUCCAGCGGUCAUCCCUGGCCUGCAGUGGUCUUUUGGAGCCAUGUAGUCCGAACCCAAUUUGCUCAGUGGGCUCUAUGUGCAGUCUUGCGCCUGCUUCUCUGCCGUGUUUGUGAUGCAACAGCGCUCUGUCACCAUUCACGCUAAACGCAUCGUACCUUCUGCUUCACCCCGGGUGUGUUUUCUAUUUUUUCUUUCCUUUCUUGCAUGUGUGUGUGUGUGUGUCUGCGCGUGUCUCCCUUGCGUGGCUUCACUAACCUAUGUGUGUCGCUGACUUCUGGUCCCUUGUCCCGUGUGCACCCUUAUGUUGUUGCUAUGUCGUCCCACUUACUACUGCUGCUGCUGUUAUGCGUUUGAUUGUGCCGCACGCCGAGCACUGUACGGGCUGCUCCGGCCGGCUCCUUGUGCUGUCUAAUAUUUACUUUAACGCAACUUAUUAUAUUUGGACGUAUCCCUGGUCCAGGAACGACUUAUCUAGAGAAAAGAGGGCGACGGAACAGCACUUCUACUCCGUGUUUAUAUACUGCACAUCCAUCUCUUUUAUGCCUUUUUUGCCUCUCUCUUUGCAUUCGACAGCAUAGGUUUCGUCGCCUCGCCCCCCCCCCCCCCCCCCGACUUUCUUCGGCGUGGCUCUGGUUUCUGCUUUCCCCUCUUUUCUGGCCUUACUCCGUCACACUGCUGUGUUGUUGCACACGCACAGCGCUCACUGCAGCAUCUCUUCCUUCUCGCCUCACUCUUCCUAUUCGAAUUAUCUGUUAUACUUGCCGUUUCCCCCUGCGCAUCCAUUUAACUUGCUAGCAGCAUUGUUGCAAACCCCUGUAGCUACUAACGCCUCCCUUGCUUGCUCGAUUAGUUCUAACAUAUACUUUGAUGAAGUACCUCCAGCCUCAUGCCCGUCUGAGCUAAGAUACCCUUCCGUUCUUGUUGUGAGUGAGUUGUCGAAGGCACAGUCUA